UCCUUAAAAUAGUUAUCAGGGUACACAGUCUUCCAAAAAUUGGUGACUUAAAAGGCCUUUUGCAGAGAUUCCCAAGAGAUUUUAUGCUCUGCCUGGUGCUGCUCAGGCCCUAAUGAAAUAUUUAAUUCCAGUAAAUUAGUCCAAUGGCUAAAAACUCUCAUUAGAAAUUGCAAGCAAGGAGAAGUAAUGCUAGCAUGCUGGUGCACAUAUGGCAGCGUACAUCGCAAUCCUGAACUGGCAAAAUUCAAAUUAGACCUUCCCACAAGUAUUUUUUUUUUUUAUUGUUAUGGGUUUGAAUCCCUUGAGAAGUAGUCCUACUAUAAGAGCCCACGAUCAAUUUGUGUUCCGAAAUAUCAUUAGCGUGGCGGCUUGACUCUCUCUCCAUUUUAUGACCACCGUAUAUCUCUCUCUGCAUGCCUUGUAUCUCUCCAAAGAUUGCCUCCGCCCUCUGUGUUAUCAGCUUCUCAAACACUGCCUCGAGCUUCAAAUGACCUCCGCUACGGUUUUUCAUGCUGUGCGUACACUCCAAAGACAAAUUAUCCUGCGCGUAAGAGGAGCUAACGAAGACGCCAUUGCCCCGACUGCCACCAUGUCUGGCGCCUUCGACGAGUCAGCCAGCCUGGAGGAGAACACUGACAGUUUCUGGGAGGUGGGGAACUACAAGCGUACAGUGAAGAGAAUUGACGACGGUCAUAGGCUCUGCAAUGACCUCAUGAAUUGCAUCCAGGAGCGAGCUAAAAUCGAGAAAGCCUACUCCCAGCAGCUGACUGAGUGGUCCAAGAGAUGGAGACAGCUGGUAGACAAAGGUCCUCAGUACGGCACGGUAGAACGCGCUUGGAUGUCGCUGAUGAUGGAGGCGGAGAAGGUGAGUGAUCUUCAUCAUGAAGUGAAGAACAGCCUGAUGAGCGAGGACUUUGAGAAGGUGAAGAACUGGCAGAAAGAAUCGUACCACAAACAGAUGAUGGGAGGCUUUAAGGAAACCAAAGAGGCAGAUGAGGGAUUCAAGAAGGCCCAGAAGCCCUGGGCGAAAAAGUUGAAGGAGCUUGAGGCCGCCAAAAAGUCAUACCACAUGGCAUGCAAAGAGGAGAAGCUGGCAUCUACCAGGGAGGCCAACGGCAAGAGUGAAUCCUCAGUGACUGCCGACCAGCUGAAGAAACUCCAUGAGAAAGUGGACAAGUGCAAACUUGAUUCACAGAAGGCCAAGGACAAGUACGAAAAAGCUCUAGACGAGCUCAACAAGUGCACACCUCAGUACAUGGAGAACAUGGAGCAGGUCUUCGAGCAGAGUCAGCAGUUUGAAGAGAAGAGACUGUGCUUCCUCAGGGAGGUGCUGUUGGACAUCAAACGCCAUCUCAACCUCACAGAGGACCAAAGUUACGCAUCAGUGUACCAGGAAUUUGAACGUGUCAUCACAUCAGCCAGUGCUCAAGAAGAUCUACAAUGGUUCAACAACAACCAUGGCCCCGGCAUGCACAUGAACUGGCCCCAUUUUGAGGAGUACAACCCAGAGCUUACCCACAGCAUCACGAAGAAGGAAAAGUCAAAGAAAGGCAACGAUUCCAUCAUGCUGACCAACGUCACAUCAACAGUUGAUCGGUCCCAAGCUGGAGACCAGGGCAGCAUGAGCAGCUACGAGAAGAACGAGGCGCACAGGGCCUCGAACGAGUGGUCAGACGAGGACCAGACAGCGCCAAACUCGGCCAGCGACACCAACGGCGGCGCCAACCCUUUUGACGAAGACUCGGCCGGUGGUGUCAGAGUGCGGGCGCUAUACGACUAUGAGGGCCAGGAGCAGGAUGAGCUGAGCUUUCAAGCAGGUGACGAACUGACAAAGCUGGAGGAGGAGGACGAGCAGGGCUGGUGCAAAGGUCGUCUGGACAGCGGUCAGCUGGGUCUCUACCCUGCCAACUACGUGGAGCCGAUCUAACACUCUCACCGCCGCGGACGCCUGGAAAAACUCUGAACUGAACUCAAUCGUGGAUACACAUUGACCACCUCCGCCUUUUCCGAGCACCUAAACUUGGUUCCUCCAUUCCUGGACCAUGCGAAUCCUAAUUUUGCAUUUUUAUGAUACGAUCUUCAAAGCGGUGCCUGGAUCAGCAAGAACGAGCUAUGCAUUGUGCAUUCCAUAUAUAUAUUGACGUUGUUUUGGGUUUUUUUUGUAACCAUCUGGAUGCUUGUACAGUGUUCAUGCCUCAUGAGUUUUCUGUCAUUGUGAGUUAUUGAUAUAUCUAGCCUUAAAGGAAUAGUCUAGUUUGAGAUCAUGCGACAGACACACCCAGACAGACACUCACAUUCACACCUAUGUACAAUGAUAGUAGGAGGGGGCCAAGAUUCAAAUCCAGAACCAUAUAUAUACUGUAAAUGUGAGGCAGACCUGCCAACUACUAGGACAUCUUGCUGCCAAUCACUUACCAUCAUAACUAACCAGCAAAAAUGAAAAUGCAAGUCAACACUUGACAUGUUAACACUUUUGUGUACUCAACACACAGGGAAUUUAGCAGGUUUAGUAUUUUUGUGCUAUGGCAACCGGGUACAAGAGAUGUUUGUUUUUGUGGCAGUAAUUUCCAAGAUUGUGAUUAGUUUUUUCAUUUAUUCUAACAUCUAGCAGGCAAACAUGGUGAAGAUCGGCAGACUCCGAAAUGUUUUCAAAAUACUCGAGGUUCACAAUGCAAAUACAAUCGCCACCUCGCGUUAUGACACAAAAGAGUUAUCACGCCUUAGCCCGUUUGCUGUGUCUGCAAAGCUUAGCUAACCAGGCACUAGAGGUUGUCAAUACCUGUAUUAGCUUUGUGAUCCUAGCAGUCUCAUGCAUUGUAUUGAGUCUUAAUUGACCCAACGUUGACCCAGCUAUGGCAGACCAUGUUUUACAUCUUUGUGCUCAGCGAAGCUAUCCAAGUACAAAUGAAGAUUUUUAUCACAGCACAAAUGUACACAUGUAUUUGGUUUUUACUCAUUUUUCCAACAUUUAACACCAGAUGUUUUGGUUCUUUGGUGGACCAUAAAAUGUUGGUAAACCCAAGAGACUUCUUGCUUCUCCCUGAAUGGCAAGAACAAAGAGAAGCAAUACUUGCUCGCAGUUUGCACAUUUUUUUUUUUUUAAUCUUUGUGCUGAGCCAAGUUUAUCAGCAUACAUUUCCACGAUGCUCAUCCCGCGAUUCCUUCCUGGCCUCUGCAUGCUUUCUCCUGUGAAAUAUUGUCACAACUGUGGCACAAAUGUACUGCUAUUGGGUAUAUCUACCCAUUCCAACAUCUAACCAGAAGUCUUGAAAACGUUUGUGAAAUCGAUUGCUUUUUAACUCUCACUAGUAGUCACCUAGCAUUACAUUACUACAUACAGUUCUUUUAAUCCAGCAAUGUUUUAAUACAAAGAGCGCAGAGGAACAAGACUUGUGGGCAGGUAGCUCAUGUUUUCAACCUUUGCACUAAACUAAGCUGACCAGGAUAUAGCCGUCAUGCACUCACAGCAGAGACGUGAAAAAUCUAAUAGGAACAGCACAAAUGUUUUUAAUUUUCUGCACAUCUCAUGACAGAUGUGUUAAAUCUCUCCGGAUUAAAAAAAAAAAAAAAAUAUAUAUAUAUAUGCGAAGUUUGUAAUGCUGACAUAUAGCCCACCUAACAUGCUGAUGGAACAGUAAGGGUAGGAACAUACACCUGUACCUACGGUAAGCAGGAAAUUUCUCACUGGAGAGACAGUCACAUUUAACGAGGGUUGAAAGGUUGUAGCCCAUGUUGACUAAUGAUUUAAACAGUGUGUGUUCUCGCACAUUCUAGACUAUUCCUUUAUUGCUUUUCCUGACAUUUUACCCUCUCUCUUCAUGUGCAUUUGGGAGUGGCUCAAGAGUCAAUUUGUUUAGGCUUCUCUUUGGGGUGAAAUCAAGCAAACGGUGAACCGUAUCACUUUACCUAAACAACACAUCUUUCAUCUUUCAUUCAGACCAAACAAAGUAUCCCAAACUGGUCGGGUCCCUUAAUGGCUCAUCUCUUAAUUUUGAAGGCUGGGGGUCUGAAUAAAAAUCCUGUAAGCUGUGGCACUUCAA